GAGAAUCAGCCCACUUCCGGUAAAGAGCAACAAACAGAAAGCGGUUUAGCGGUGUGAAAGUGGCCCGUCUGAAAGGUGAAGGUUUUGUUUGUGAGCAGUUAUUCGACGCGAUCUGUAGAGCGGGCACGCGCACUUGACCCAAAACAGACCGAAAAAUGGUGAAGAUCACUUUCCAGCCUGUCGCGGGGCAGAAAGAAGAUAAACAGAAUAAUGGCGACAAGACGGAAAUCCUCAUUCCCCACCCGAUGGAGGAGGAGGAUGAGCUCGUCCUACCUUUGCGGCCCAAGAAGUCUCCACUCAAUGGGAUGUGCUGCCUGACGUUUGGCCUGGUUGUCUUCAUGGCCGGUCUGGUCCUCUCCUCCAUCUAUGUGUACCGCUACUACUUCAUACCUCACGCCCCAGAGGAGAACUUGUUCCAUUGCAAGGUGGUUUACGAGGACUCUGUGUACGCACCGCUGCGUGGGCGACAGGAAUUGGCAGAAAACGUUGGCAUCUACUUGGCCGACAACUAUGAGAAGAUCACCGUGCCCGUGCCUCAUUUUGGAGGCAGUGAUCCGGCUGACAUCAUCCACGAUUUUCACAGAGGACUGACCGCUUACCAUGAUAUUGCCCUGGACAAGUGCUACGUCAUCGAGCUCAACACCACCAUUGUGAUGCCCCCGCGCAACCUUUGGGAGCUGCUCAUCAACGUCAAGAAAGGAACAUACUUGCCUCAGACUUACAUCAUUCACGAAGAGAUGGUGGUGACCGGCAAAGUGCACAACAUGCGUCAGCUGGGACCCUUCAUCUACCGCCUUUGCAACGGCAAAGACACAUAUCGCUUGAACCGCCGUGUCUCCCGCAGAGGCAUCACCAAGCGAGAGGCGAAGAACUGCCACCGCAUCCGUCACUUUGAGAAUACCUUUGUGGUGGAGACGGUUAUCUGUGACGAAAUAUGAGCAGGAUGGUCACAGGUGUGUCACGGUGCGCCACCACCGACACAUCCCAGUCACCUCUCCAGCUACUGUAGCACCCUGUGGAUUUAAUCAUGUUGCACUUUACCAAUGUUCUUUUCCAUCCCCUGCUUUUUUGCCCCCCGCCGCCCCCGCCAGAUUAUUUGUCCCAGCAAAUGAUGCAAUACUAACCUGCAGGUUCUCUCACAGGAUUUCCAUGUAGCCAAGUCUUUUGGUCUCUGGGGAGAACAAUGAUGGUUACUGUUGUUAUGAGAAAUGACUGUCUCCCAUUUGUUGUCAAAGUGACCUUUUUUCCCCUCCUGCUCUGGAGGGCUUCUUAUCUGUGUGGUUAAUAUCUCGGUAAGAUGUACGGAAGGUGAAAUUGAUCUAUUCGCCACAUUCACUUUGUCGCUUCUCGAUCUCUGUACUGGAAAGAUCAAACUACUGAUAACUAGUUGGGUUUGCAUUUUUGCUUCGGCUCGUCCCGACUUUCUUUGGAGGGAAGAAGGCACCAUGCAACCAAGUCAUCGCUGGGCAGUACUGGGCAUAGCUUCCAGAAGUCAAGAGCCAUAAUUGGAUAUAGGGCCCAUCAUUUUUCAGUACAAUUAAGUUAUUGAAAAUCAUGCAUAUGUGAAUCAUUUAAUAGUAUACCCUAUCUGUUUCUGCCUUGCAUGCGUUUUAGCGAUUUGAUAAGCUGUUUUGUAAGAUGUACAAAGCCUUAGUCCAGGCUCAAAGACUGGACUAAUGUUCCUCCUAAUAUAACAGAUGGGUGCAUAAUAUUUGAUGUUGGGUAAAUACAGCCGUCUUACCUGUAUAUAUUACCCGCCUAUAAAAUCUUGUCUGUGAAUAAAGUUUAAAAAGUC